UUCAAAAAAUACGACUAACAACCUCAUAAACAUUGAGUUCAGUAUUUCUGUCAAUUUAGGUUAAUUUAAUUUAAAUACAAAAAUAUAAGCAAACAACAUAUUAAAAUAAUAUACUUUAUAAGUUAUAAGUUGAUUAACUUAACAAACAACACGGCAUAUCUUUAACAAAGAAAUACGACUAACAACCUCAUAAACAUUGAGUUCAGUAUUUUGUCAACUUAGGUUAAUUUAAUUUCUAAUAAUUACACUGCCAAUCAAGAUGAAACAGUUGAUAAGACAACUUCCAUGCCCUCUAGUAAACUCUUUGUCUCCCUUCACGCAUGUGUAACAGUCAACCUCACCAAACCUGUUCGGCUUUUAGUCGAAUAAAUUUUGUUUAGGUUAGUAAUUUGUGUUUUUUUAAGAGGCUGUUAUACUCACAAAAUAUACUUUACUGGAGCAGCUUGUGAUAGAAUGUAUCUUUAAUGAUAUCUCAAAUGAUUUAAUUCAAACGACAUAUAUCAAGGAAGUUUUCAUUUACACAUAAACGUCACAUCCGAUGAGGAAGCGCUAUGCCCACGUUGAAUUAAAACAUCAAGCGUCGCGGCAAAAGUAUUACUCAUCCAAAUAACAGCAGCAGUAGGCCUAUUUAAGUGUUACUGAAGUGUGUUGAAAAGUGUAUACCAAGAGUUUGCGAUAGUUACAAGACCACGACAGAAACCACAGCAUGUUACUGUUCAGUUGAGUAAUUUGUCAUUAUUUACACUCUGGGUGAAGUAACGUUUGUAUCGACAAUAUUUUAAAAAAUCAUGGCGGCUAAAUUACAUUUUAAUGAAGAAUUUUUGGAGUGUUCAGUCUGUCAGAGCAGCUAUGUUAACCCACGUGUGUUACAUUGCCUCCAUAGCUUUUGCAAAGAUUGUCUCGUCAAACAUGUGGAGCCAAUGACUGGUAGGAUCGCUUGUCCAAAAUGUGAUUUCAAGACAGUUUUGCAAAAAUGUGGAAUGGCAGGUUUAAAUGUCAACCCGUUGAUCUUGAAUCUGCAGGGCUUUAACAAAAUCCACAAUUUGAUAAAGAAUCCAACUGACCCUAUUGUCUGCACACUGUGUGAUUGUCGGGAAAAUGCAACAGGACGGUGUUUCGAAUGUGAUGAAUUUCUUUGCUCAAAAUGUGUCGAAUCUCACAAGAGAAUCAAGAUGUUUCAAGAACACGUGGUGAAUUCCUUAGACGAACUAAAAACUACAAGUUUAAGAAUGCUUUACAAAAAGUCUCGUAAGGUAAGCAGAUGCCCGCGUCAUGAAGGAGAAAGUCAAAGAUAUUUUUGCCAAAGUUGUGACGUUACUAUAUGUCGAGAAUGUACGGUUGUUGACCACCCAAGACCGUCACACAAUUACGUUGAUAUUCGAGACGCGGCGUCAAAAUGUCGAAAAGAGGUUGUAGAGAAGAUGGAUGAUCUAAAGAAAAAAAAGGUUAAUUUUCAGGAAGCAAUCGAUGAAAUUAAAUCAAUUGAAAACGCAAUCUCAAAGAAAGCCAGUAAGAUGAAAUAUGACAUCGUUUGUUCUAGUGAAGAGAAAAUCAAUUGUAUUAAACAAGAAGAAGCAAAACUCAUUUUAAGAAUUGACUCUCAGGUUGAGAAAAAGUUUGGUAAAAUUAUGAACAAGAAAUCCGAAAUCGAAACUAAAUUGCACACAUUAGAAAGAAACGCAGAUUUUGUAAAUGAAAUUUUGAAUUUGGGUAGCGAUCGUGACGUAAUCAGUAUCCGGAAUGAAAUUGAGAGCACUGCUAUAAGACUCGUCAGUGAGUGUGAUGUUGGCGAGAGUCUGAAGCUCUCAAAAGAUAUAGGAACAUUAACCAGCGAUAAACCGAAACCAGCCCCACGCCCUAGGCUAGAAAAGAAAGAAUCCGGACUAAAGAGAGGCGGAAGCGGUAGGGGUGAAUCAUUCUUUACAACACCAAUGUCACGUACUGCCAAAUUUGGAAAGCAUGGAACUGGACUUCUAGAAUUCGGGUAUGCUCGCCGGGCUGCUGUCACCAGAGAGGGGGACAUUGUAGUCACGGAUACAAAUAAUUGUAAGGUACAAGUGUACAGUCAAUGUGGAGAACUUAAAUUGACCAUCAAUGUGGCUAGAGACCCUCUUAAUGCCAAACAAGGUCCUCUGGACGUGGCAAUUACACCUGAUGCAAGAAUACUGAUCGUACAAGAAGAAUGUGCGAACAUGUCGUCAUAUAACAAGAAAGGAGAGUUCCUAAGUAAACUAGCAUUUGUCUCACCUAAUGAAACAACCGGUCCUUGUCUGGCGGUCAGUCGCGAUGGCAGAGUGGCUAUUGGGAAUUGGCAGAACGAUACGAUACAGUUUCACUACGCAGACGGAUCAACUAUUUGGAGGAUUACUUGCCCAAGCCCUUGGAGUAUUGCUAUCAACUCCAAAAAUCAACUAGCGGUUGCCUACAACGUCAGUCUGCAUACACGAAGUCAAGUGAAAUUACUUAAUGAAAAUGGUAUUGACAUCCAUGAUAUCACUGUCCCAUCGACAAUGAUCAAAGACGCAGACAUGGAUCUUACAGGGAUCUGUUUUGAUACUCAUGAUAACUUGUACAUAUUAGACUGGACGUUGAAAGGCGUCCACAUGCUGAAUAUGGGUUCUGAUGGCACCUACCAACACAUAAUGUGCGUUGUAAGUGGUUUAGAAUAUCCAUUAGGCAUCGCAUGUACCUACGAUGAUAAAAUGGUUGUUGUGGAAAAACACUUUGUAAGUAUUUUCAGUAGAGAUGUCACAUCAAUUAGCAAUUAAAUGAGUGAGUACCGGUACACCUCUUAAAUUAUUCGGAUGGUUUUAAUUAACGCACUUAAAAAAUAUGCGAGACAAUCCCGAGUUGUGUAUCCUAAUUGUUUUACGUGAUUUUAAAAUAGACAAAUGGCACUCGUUGAACUAAAAAAAAAACGAUUGAGAAUUUAACGGGGAAAAAAAUGCAAAAUUGAUUAUUAGAGAGUAAGCGCCUAAUGGGAAUUGGAAAUGUUCGCUACCUAGGAACAUAAUUAUUAAUUAUAUCAGGAAGCAGUCAUAUUACUGCUUCCUGAUUAUAUUAUUAAUAUAAUCAUCAUCAUCGUCAUCAUCAUCACCAUCAUCAUUAUCUUAGUCGAUGUCGAUAUAAUUGAGAGCAUAUUCACAUUUAUAAGGCGCUUUCUAACAGUUAAAUGGCCAAUUUGUGUUACACUGUAUGUGAACGUUUUAUAUUGAAACAAAAUGUUGUGAAUAUGUUAAGUACUUUUUUAUAUUAUCAAAUAUGAUUGAAUAUAUUGUCCUUGUCAACUUCAUUUUACGAUGACUACUCUCGUCAUAAUAAAACCCUCGCAAUUAAACAUGACAGAGUAAAAAAAAGUAAGUACAGUAUACUAUAAUUAAAUACUCUGUCAUAGUUUUAGGGCCUAAUAUUUUGUAGCUAGAUUAAGUGCCUUUGUAGGCCUUGACGUCAAUGUAUAAUAUUUGAAUUUUGACUGAUAAUACUAUCCUAAUUGCAACAGAUAUACAAUCAGGUACAUUUUGAAUAUACAGAAAAGAUCGAAAACACAUUACCGAUAAUAUAGUGUUAUGUGAAUAUUAUAAAACAUUUUUUUUAAAUCUGAAUGUUGAAGGAAAUAAUUAUAAAGCUUUCAUUGUUAAUAACUUAAAAGAAACCGCCGUACAAAACAAUAUUGAAACCUUUUUAUAUACCUCAGAUCUAUUAAUGAAGAUUCCAUGUAUGUAUUAUAUACUGUAAGGAAGGCCUAGUAAUCUUUUAGCUCGUUUUGCUCUUUUAACCCAUAUCUAUCAGAGGCUCACUCAGUACGAGAAUUUGCCUGCAACGGUGUACAGUUGCGAUCCCAUCAUGCAGAGGUUGAACCAGGGUUUGCCCGACGGGGGAGUCUGAUGUCUCCGACGGGGUGAGGGGAAGCGAUGUCCCCGACGAAAAAAAAGUAGGUGUAGUCGGGUGUCACUCAAAAUCUUUCGAGAAUGUUCUAUUGUGCGAAGCCCCAGAAAAUUAUGACAAUUUAGGGGUUUAAAUUGCUUUACUUAAUCAAUUUUAGAAUCUACUAAUGUAAAAAAUACAUAUAGGCCUAGGCUCUAAGCCUACAUUUUUUUUCUCUCUCCGAUGAAUUGCAGUUUCUCUCCCUCCUUGACGGGGUGGGAGAGCUCUCUCCGUCAGGGGAACCUUGACCACACUGGUGCCACCCCUGCCGCCAUUAUUGUUAAAUCCCAAAGGUAUAUAAAUUUAGAUUUACAUUUAGAUUUAGAUUUUUAUCUUUUUAUUUCAGUAAUUUUAAAUGCGUCUUGUAUGUUAGUAGUUACCAGAUAAAAUUCUUUGAAAAGCUCUUCCUGAUCUAUUUCUACGAUGAUUUUUUUGUUACAAAAAUAAAAAAUAGAACACGUAAACUGGUGUAAUUUUGUUGUUACUAAGCGCAUUAAAAGGUUGUUGCAACGUCAGUCGAUACGUUAUUAA